AUGGAUACGUUGAAAAUUAGUCCAGAAAUAAAAGACAGCAGCGGCACGGAUGGUCAAUUGACACCCAAACCACCGCCACCACCGGCUACUCCAAAAGAUGCAGCACCAUCGGAUUAUGCAACCACAUCUGUACCCACAAGCACAAAAAUAUAUUAUCACAUUGAUGAUGAAACAGUACCGUAUUGCACGGAUGUUAUGGUACCACCGGAUAAGAUUACACUUGGUGAUUUCAAGCGGGUAUUGACACGCUCAAAUUUCAAAUAUUAUUGCAAAGCUCCGGCACCUGAUUCCGGAGUAUUCCCUGAAGUAAAAGUAGAGAUACGUGAUGACAAUGAACGGUUGCAUCGGUCAACGAAUGGUCAGUUUGAGCUAUUCUUGUUGACAUCUGAAGGAAGCAGUCAUUCGGAUGGUUCAUCGGGUCUUCCUCUCAAAAGUGCACGAAUGAUGGUGCCGGGCCCUGCACCAGCAGUUUAUCCUAUUGGAAGCAUGGCUUAUCGGCAAGCGGUUCAACAGUUUGAUCAUAGCAGUAAGCUUUUUAAUUUUCACUCUUUUAUUUCACAAUCAAAACUUUUUCGUGUCGGUGCUGUAACAGUAGCAAAUUCUCCAUUCUCCAUGCUAAAUUUGAAAUGUCGGCGAGAUUCAUGCAUGCACUGA